UGGUAACCAAACAUGCACGGUGGAUGGAGAAAGGAUGUGAUUUUCGCACCCCUACUUUUUGUCUUUUGUGGAAGUAUUUUAGAAUCAACCACCGCCCUUGAAUGCGUUGUCUGUGAUUCCUACACAAGUGGGAAAUUAUGCUCGGAAUGGGACCAGUUCAGUCUGAUAAAGGAUUGCUCCCAAGAACCUCACAUAAAUUCAAGCAAACCAAUGUCUUGUCGCAAAAUUGACCAAACUGUUGACAACGAAGACUCUGUGAUCAGGCAGUGUAGCAACAUCGUGAAUCAGGAUGGCUGCAUCGAUCGUCUUGGGGUUAAAGGAGUUAGAAUGCGCUAUUGUCACUGCAAAACCGAUCUCUGUAAUGGAGCAGUGCUACCAAAAACAGGACCGCUGCUGCACGUAUCCGGAUCAAGCCUACUACUCCUUACAGUUUUGUACCUAGUCAGGGCUUAAUAGGCAAUAUUGAAAGCUUUGCCGGAGAAAACAUCAGUAGCUUGAGAUUUUUUCACCGAAACCGUUUCCAUUAGUCGGAUUAAAAACAAAAACUAGCUAAUAUUUGGCUGUUCUUUUCCUGAGAACAAGUACAUUGUCCCUUAUGUGCAAUUUUGAAAAUCAACUGAGCUAUUCAUGUUGAAGAUUUAAUGUUAUCACAUUUCACACGGUUUGCGCACGCGUAAAUGCGAAGACAUUAUUGUCUCUUAUGUGCAAUUUUGACAAAAUCAACUGAGCUAUUCACGUUGAAGAUUUACUGUCAUCACAUUUCACACGGUUUGCGCACGCUUAAAUGCGAAGACGUUUUCAUGUUAUGAGAAAAACGACUGUUUGAUUUUUCUAAAAAGUAUAAUGUCAAUGACCCAAUGUAGAUUUUACCUAUACACUCUUUUUAAUCAGCA